AAAAAAUCACCACCCGUGGUGGGUGAGAAGGGAAUUAUUUAUAUAUAUAUAAAAUAAAAUAAAUAAAUAAAAAAAUAAAAAAAUAUAUAUUUCAGAUACCUCAAAACUAGUUCUGAAAUGGCAUCACUGGCAUAGAUAUUUCAUUUUUAGUUCAAUAAUUGCAUUCUUAUUGCUGUAAUUAUGGAAUAAUUCUUUGCCAGAUUAUAUGGAUUGUAAAAGUAUGUGUAGAACUGAAUGACAUAUAAAACUAAAAAAAAAAAUAUUAAAGAGAAAAAUGCAUUUGUAAGUAUUAAAACAACAUAAAUAAAUUAGUGAUACAUGAUGCAUAGAUAAAUCAAAUUUAGAAAAAAAGAAGGGGAUAUUAUUUACAAAGAAAUUGAAAGAAGGAAAGAAAUAAAGCAAAUAACAAAGAAAACAAAUAAAUUAAAAAAAGGAAGAACUAACGAACAAAGAAACAAGAUCUAAUAUAGUGACUGUUUUUACUUUUUUGGUCAAUUUUUAUAGGAUAAUAAUAAUCUCUUCGAGCUUUUUUGUAGUUAUUUCUUUAUUCUUGAUUUUGGCUUUUCUGGCCUUCCAUAUAGGUUAACACAUUUUAAACAUUUAAAAUUGUCAUCAAUUAGUAUUUCUCUUUUCUCAUAGUCAUAUCCCCUGAUACAUACAUAAAUAAAAAAUUAUCCCAUUGCAUGACAUAAGUCGCUCCUCUUCCAUUGGUUUAUUUUCUUGCUGGUGGUUUAAUUUGGAGAACUUGUCAAAACACACUUCAGAAUAUUACAAGCUUUACCCAAAAACUAGGGUAAGACUCAUCUUACAGGUAUGAUGCAAUCAUCAACUACAAUACAGCUGGCAAACUGGAAAAUAUGUAUCUACACAAUUUUUCAAAAAUAUUUUUGAAAAAUGUUUCACUUUUUGCACAUACUGCAUGCUAGAAACUUUUAUUGUAUCAUUUCAGUUACUCUAGUCAAUGUCUGGUGGAGAUACAUUUUUAACACACUCAGCACUAGAAAUAACAGUAACAGUUAUCUGUUGAUACAUCUCUUGAGUCAAGAUCUUGACAUUAAGAGGGCAUCAUGUAGUGCUGGGGAUGUCACAACUGAGAGCAGUAGCUCAAGUUCAAAUAGAGAUUCAAUAAAUAGGAACAAAAGAUUUUAGCCAUCAAAAGCCUGAAAAAUGUUUUAAAAAACGAUACACGCACAAACACAGUGACCAGUACCAGGGUGAAUGAUUUCAUUUUCAGGAACUUAGAAAGUAUGGUGUAAGUUUUUCCUUAGAAACAUCACAUAGACUGUUGCUUGCAGUUUGUGGUGAGAAGUAGCAAAGACUUGUAAAUAUUAACAUUUGUAGCUAGUUUCUGCCAUCUGCAAGCAUUAUUUUUCACAAGGGUUGUUUUGACUUUUAUGUUUAAGAGUUAUUUUCACUUUUAUUAAUGGAAGUCUGAGUUGGAAAUGGUUUCCGAAGAAUUAGACUCUCUCAUUUAAAAGCAUCACCUGACAUGAUGGAUGGUAAUGAAUAAGUGGACGUUGUAGUAUGAUCACAUGCAGAGUAACGAGAAAGAACGGACCAAGGGACACACCAUUAUUCAUUCCAGCUCCGCUCGCAUCUUUCUGCAGUGUCCAGACUGGAAAGCAAGCGGUUGGGAAGCACAAUCUGGAAUCCUAAGACAGCUCACUUUGGCUGAUCCAGGCAGAGGCCCGCUUCAGGACGGCUGAAAUGCCUCAAAACAAUACCUUGAAAGGAAACCGUGCAAAUUCUGAACUCACCGUUGAAGAAUGGCUGCAGUCCAAGGCUGCAAAGGGUCCCUCUCCGGGCCUUACUUCUCUGCAGUGGAGCUUGGAGUCCCAUGGCAGAACACUCUCCCCUGGCUCCAGAUUGGGAGUUGGGACUUCAGGUGAUCAAGCUGAGCUGUUCCAAAUAGCCAAAACCAAGCUUUACCAUCGUCGCUGGGUCAUGCUUUUUCUCUUCAGUGCAGUCUCAGCUAACAAUGCCCUCAUGUGGCUCCAGUAUGGCAUCAUUAGUAACAUUUUUAUGCGCUUCUACAACGUCGAUGCCCUGGCCAUCGACUGGUUAUCUAUGAUUUACCUGCUCACAUACGUGCCCCUUGUUCUGCCCGUCCUCUGGCUCCUGGACAAUAGGGGAAUCCGGGAUGUUGUCCUUGUCGGGUCAGCCUUUAACUGCAUCGGUACCUGGAUAAAAGUUAGCAGUGCCAGUCCGGAUAUGUUCCUGGUGACCUUCUUUGGACAGUUUGUGUGCUCAGUUGCCACAGUGUUUGUUCUUGGUAUUCCUUCUUACCUUGCCUCAGUGUGGUUCGGAGAGAACGAAGUUUCAACGGCUUGCUCCAUCGGGGUUCUGGGAAACCAGGUGUGUCUGAAGAAGUCAACUGGUCAACAAUAAUCUUUCCACUUAUUUUCGCAAGUUUAAGUUUGGUUUAAUUUGUGCAUUUUAGCGAGAAUAAAAUCUUUGAUUUCGAUGAUGAUUUCAAGAAGAGGAAACUAAUUGAAGUCUAACAAAUAAUUUGCUUACACUCACACUUUUAAACAAGUUUUGGGUGAAAAAAUUUUAAAUGUACAGUUGUCUGAAAGAAUUAGGACAUUUGCAUAAACAUUUAAUUUAUUCAAACAUGUUCAUACCUAUUAUAUUAUUGUUUUCAGAAAGAUAAUUUUAGUUAAUUUAUUGUGAACACCAAAAAAGAGAACUUUUUCCUCAUUAAACAAACUAUAAGAACUAAAAUAUGGUAAAGUUUAGGACACCCUGGUGUAAUUUUACCAACUUUAGCUGAAAAAACCCCUUACUCUUGUAUUCUCACCUUCAACUUUGAGAUCUUUGAGUAAUUUCUGGCAAGUUCCACCACUGCAUCUCAGUGAGAUUAAGAUCUGGACUUUAGUUCUGAACAGAAGAGUUCAGGUCUUCAGCUUGAGUCCUUUUUUUUUCUUUUUAUACACCUCACAUUUUACUGUAGCAUGGCUGGCUCUGAUACAUAUCAGACCUGUCCAGAUUCUGCUUCAAAGCAACCAUAACACUUCUACUUCCAUGACUUAGAGUUGGCAUAAGUUUGUUUUUCUUAAGCCAAACAUGUCCUCUGUUCUGGUGAUAGCAAAAACUAUUUUGCCCAAAAAAAAAUUGUUUCAGAAGUCCUGGUUUUUGUCUUCAUGUUCUCUGGUGUUUGUGUUUUUCUUAGAGUUCAAAGGCUUUUCCCUUGCAAAUCUCCUAUGAAAAUUUAACUUGUGCUGUCUCUUACUGAUUGGACAGGAUGUCGUACUCACAAAUGAUUAUGGCAUUGUCUUCACUUUCACUUCAAUAUUCUGGAGCACACCAAGCUAAAUGUCUGUCUGAGGUUUAGAAAGUUCAAAAUGUCCUUAAAAAUGCAGAGUAAUGACAUUCUAAUUGUGUGCUCCUCACAUGAAACAUCUCUGUUCAAACUGGACCAUUUUAAGUUAUAAUCCUUUUUUGUGGGUGUCCAAAUCUGAUUUUUUUUUUACCAGAAAUUUAGCCUUUUUAAAUUACACUUUACAGAAAGUUUUGCAGGUUUUGGCUUCAGUUUUGAUUGAAUUAAUAUCUUUGAAAUCCCCUCUAUUGUUACAGUUGAUGUAACAAUAAGGUAAUAUAUUUGUUGGCCGUUAUUGAAAUACCCCUGAGAGUUUACAUAUUGAUUAAUUCAGUAUUUGGUACUGAAUUAUCUGUGUACCACAAGGACUUUUAUUUUGUUUGAACUAUCAAACAAUAAAUUAAAAUUUCCAUUUUCAAUUCAAUUUAGUUUAAUUAAAUCGCUCCAGUUCAAGGCAUUGAACUAUCACGUCAUUUCAAUUCAAUUACACAUACAUUCCAAGUGAUCCUAGUUUAUUUUGGUACUGUUUAUAUUACAAUAUGCUGGCACUUGUUUUAAUUUUUUAU